AUGAGUGUCCUUAAAAUAGAUGCCGAAGCAAAAGUUGAAUCUGAACCAUGUGUCCUUGCUUGGGAUAAUAAUAAAUUAUUCGUUGGCACAGAUACUGGCUCUAUAGUCUCGUUCGACAAAAGUCUAUCACCAGGUGUGACAUGGCCGGCACAUGAAACCCAAGUGUUUGCGUUAACAGCAUCUGACGGCAAGGUUUACUCUUCCUCUAACGAUGGUGGAGUCAGGGUCUGGACAACAGAUGGCAAUAAAAUAACGGAAUUGCCGUCUACUGGCGGUGACGUAGGUGCAUUGUAUGUGUACGAACAAAAGCUUUUUGCUGGGGACGAAAGCGGCAAUGUUGUCAUCUAUGAGAAUAAUACGCAAAAAGCUAGAUACAAUGUGCUCGAAGAAGUAAAAGACCUUGGAUUGAAACCACCGUACUUGUUUACUGCUCGAGACUUAUAUGUCACAGUCACUGAGAUAAGACCAGAUGAAUCGAAGACUCGCUUUAUAACUCGGCACACGAUGGAAGGUCGGGCGCCGCUACGAGUAGCCGGCUCACGACUUGUUGUCACAGCAAGGGGUGGAAACGAUCUACAGCUUCACGACGCUUCUUUUGACACCAAGUUUAAAAAACUCCAUGAAGUUAAGGUGAGUGAUAUGAUAGUUACAAGUUUAUCAGUAAACGAAGACUACGCGUGGACUGGCGGCUGGGACGGUUGCGUACGACGAUGGAAAAUUGCAGAUGACCAACUUCAGUCAGCAGGAGAAAUUAAUCUCGGCGCCUGUGUUAACGCAGUUGUCGCGUCUUCACCCAACACCGCAUACGCUGUUUUAACAGGAGGAAAAGUUUUUUGUAUCAAAGCUGUAUAA